AUGUUUGUCGAUACAAAUAACAGCGUCUAUGUAGCUGAUCGAGCAAACAAUAGGAUCCAAAUUUGGUUCAACAGUAGUAAAACAGUUACACGUACUAUUUCUGGUGGUUUAAACGCAUCUUUUAGCGUUUUCAUCACAGAUAAUAGUGAUAUUUAUGUUGAUAAUGGUUAUGCAAAUUAUCGGGUUGAUAAAUGGGGCUUUAAUUCUACAAGUAGUGUUCCAACGAUGUAUAUCUGUGGAGCAUGUUAUGGUCUUUUUAUUGAUAUUAAUAAUAUGCUUUACUGCUCGAUGUAUAAUUAUCAUGAAGUUGUUUCGAAGUCAUUGGAUACACGUUUAAAUGUAUGGAGUGUUGUCGCCGGUAAUGGUACAGCUGGAUCAACAUCGGUUACACUUAAUAAUCCAUGGGGUAUCUUUGUUGAUAUUAACUUGAAUUUGUAUGUAGCUGAUUUUGUAAACAAUCGGAUUCAAAAAUUUGCAUCAGGACGAUUGAAUGGAACAACAAUAGCAACAGGAGAUAUUACAUUGUAUCAUCCAACUUCAGUUACACUUGAUGCUGAUGGAUAUCUUUUUAUUGUUGACAGUGGUAAUAGUCGUAUUGUUGGUUCAGGAUCUUAUGGAUUUCGAUGCAUAGCGGCAUGUUCUGGAAUGGGUUCAUCAUCCAGUCAAUUAUAUUAUCCAGUAGCUCUAUAUUUUGACAGUUAUGGAAAUAUAUUCGUCACUGAUCAAGCUAAUAAUAGAAUUCAAAAAAUUCUUUUGUCAUCAAACGGCUGUAAUACAACCACAUCAACAACUACAACUGCUGCAAUAAAUACGACGAGCGUUACUCUAACAACUACUGUAUCAACAUCCGUGUCUUAUUCCAAUGUUAUAUCAUUCAACCAACCAAAAUUUGGUGCAUAUGCUACUUGGGAUAACAUUGGUAUUACUUUUGCAAAUAGUAGUACAGUUGGCACAAACCCAUAUGGAAUUUUCGUAGACACUAAUAAUACGGUUUAUGUAGCUAAUAAAGCAAACAAUCAAAUUCAAGUAUGGUUAUCGGGAAGUAGUAUACCUACAAGAAAUAUUACCACUGGUGUUACUUCUCCAUAUAGUAUUUUUGCUACCAUCACUGGUGAUAUUUAUGUCGAUAAUGGAUAUACAAAUAAUAGAGUCGAUAAGUGGGCAUCAUACGGAAAUAUAAGUAGUUCAGUAAUGCAGGUUCAAGGUGCAUGCUAUGAUCUCUUUAUUGAUGUUAAUAAUACUCUUUACUGUUCAUUGUAUACUCAAAAUCAAGUUGCUAUAAAAUCAUUGAAUGGCAACUCAAGUAUGUGGAUCGUUGCUGCUGGUACAGAAUGUUCUGGAUCAACUUCGAAUACACUUAAUAAUCCUCGUGGAAUCUUUGUUGAUAUAAAUCUCAAUUUAUAUGUUGCUGAUUGCGGAAACGAUCGAGUGCAAUUAUUUUUAUCUGGACAAGUAACAGCAACGACAGUAGCAGGAAGUACAGCUACUGGAACUAUCUCACUUGAUUGUCCUAGUGAUGUUGCACUCGAUGGUGGUGGAUAUCUUUUUAUUGUAGACAGUAAUAAUAAUCGUAUUAUUGGUUCAGGACCUAAUGGCUUUCGUUGUAUAAUUGCAUGUGCAUCUACCAGUGGUUCAGCAUCCAAUCAAUUAAGUAGUCCAUCGACUUUUAGUUUUGAUAGUUAUGGAAAUAUAUUUAUUACUGAUCAAGGCAACAGUCGAGUGCAAAAAUUUUAUUUAACAACCAAUAUUUAUAGUACAACUAUCAAUCAACCAAGCUUCUGUCCAUCUACAACUUGGUAUACAAAUGCAAUUACAUUUGCUAAUAGUAGUAUGGUUGGAUCAAUUGUAUUUGGUGUUUUCGUUAGUAUUAAUAAUACUGUUUAUGUAGCUAAUCAGCAAACUAAUCAGGUUGUAAUAUGGUACGAAGGAAGUACUAAUCCAGAUAAAAUUCUUUCUGGUAGUCUGAGUACACCAUUUGAUCUUUUCGCAACCCCUCAAGGAGAUAUAUAUGUUGAUAAUGGUUUAAAUGGUCGAGUUGAUAAAUUUGCAUUCAACUCAAAUCUAAGCACUCCUGCAAUGUCAGUUCCUAAUUCAUGUUAUGGCAUUUUUGUUGAUAUUAGUAAUAAUCUUUAUUGUUCAACAUUUAGUUCUAAUCAAGUUGUUAAGAAAUGGUUAAAUGAUAAUGUACUCACAUCAGCUAUUGUUGCUGGUAACGGCACAGCUGGAUCAACAGCAACUAUGCUUCAUUUACCUAUGGGAAUUUUUGUCGAUGCUAAAUUUAAUUUAUAUGUUGCAGAUACUACUAAUUGCAGAAUACAGAUGUUUCCUGUUGGACAAUUAACUGGAAUAACUCUAGCAGGAGCUAGUGCACCAGGAACUAUUACACUUAAUAAUCCAUAUGGUAUUACAUUAGAUGGUAAUGGAUAUCUUUUUAUUGUGGAUUGUUAUAAUCAUCGAAUAGUUGGAUCAGGACCAUAUGGUUUUCGAUGCUUAUUUGGAUGUACAACAAUAUCUGGUUCUGCACCAAGUCAAUUGUCUUAUCCAACAACUUUAAGAUUUGAUAGUUAUGGGAAUCUAUUUGUUGCUGAUAGAAAUAAUAAUCGAGUGCAAAAGUUUAUAUUAGCAUCGAGAUCAUGUAGUUUGUCUUAUAAUCAACCAACAUUUUGUUAUAAUGCUUUAUGGUAUUCUAAUGCAUCAACUUUUGCAUCAAGUAGUACAAUUGGUACAUUACCAUAUGGUAUUUUUAUUAAUGGAAUCAAUACUGUGUAUGUACCUAAUCAAGUUAGUAACACUAUUUUAUCAUGGCCUCAAGGAAGUAAUACAUCAACAACUAAUACAUAUAGUAGUUUGAGCAAUCCUUAUAGUCUUUUUAUGUCUAUAAAUGGUGAUAUUUAUAUUGAUAAUGGUUAUUCAUAUGGCCGAGUGGAUAAAUAUACAUUUAAUACAUCAAAUCGUGUUACUGUUAUGAAUGUUAAUGGAAGUUGUUAUGGUUUAUUUAUUGAUAUUAAUAAUAAUCUUUAUUGUUCACUUAAAAGUCUUCAUCAAGUUGUUAAACUUUUACUUAAUAAUGCUACAACUAUUCCGACAAUUGCAGCCGGAAAUGGUUCUGCUGGAUCACUAUCAAAUAUGCUGAAUUCUCCUCAAGGAAUCUGUGUUGACAGUAAUUCAAACUUAUAUAUUGCAGACAGUGCUAACAAUCGUAUCCAGUUCAUCCAAUCUGGUCAAUCAAAUGGAGUGACAAUCGUUGGUAAUGGUUCAUCAGCAAAUAUUAUACUCAACUAUCCAACGGGAAUUGUCCUUGAUGCUAAUGGUUAUUUAUUUAUUGUGGAUAGUUAUAAUCAUCGUAUUGUUGCUUCAAGUUAUUAUGGCUUUCGAUGUAUAGUGGGAUGUUCAGGAGGUGGUUCAUCUGCAUCUCAAUUAUCUUUUCCACAAAGUAUGGCUUUUGACAGUUAUGGAAAUAUAUAUGUUACUGACCGAAAUAAUAGUCGAGUGCAACAAUUCACUCUUCAAACUAACAAUUGCAUAUAA